GGUAUUAAGUUCCCAUUUAAUGCAUUCAGCAGUCCAAACACACUGCAAGCGAGGGGUCUUCCCAGCCAAGACCACCUGGAGGGAUUGGGGUGAAGGUGUUGGUGCGAGCCAGCGCAGUGAGAGAUCCUGGCCCCAAGGGUCUGUCCCGUGUCGGCCCCUUGGGGUGACCAGUCACUUGGUUUCAAGGUCAUCCCAUGGCUCCAUCCCAAUGGUCCUCCCCGAGUGCUCAGCCUCUCCCUCGGUCACGCUGGAGCCGUCUGCGCUCCUCAUCGCAAGAGGAAGGCUGGAUAUAAAAAACCCGUAGGCUCACGGAACCAAAUUUGUUUCUCCUAGCUCCCAGCCAAUCCUUUCUGACAACCACAGCUCAGGGAGGGCUGUAAUUUCUUGGGUUUAUAUAUAGAGGUGAUGAGGUUGUGCCGGAGACGGGGACUAUAUAAAAGGGGCCGCCCUGCCCCGCUCCCCAGCCAGGCUGGUGGAGCAGGAGACCCGUGGGGUGCCCCUCUCCGUGGCUAUGGACACGUCCUACCCACGGGAGGAUUACCUGCCCGCGCCGUCCCACAAGCGGGAGCCAUCUCCCACCGCCCGCGGGGCCCCACCGCCCCGCGACCACCUCGUCUGGUCCAUCUUCAACACCAUCUACAUGAACUUCUGCUGCCUCGGCUUCGUGGCGCUCGCCUUCUCCGUCAAGGCACGGGACCGGAAAGUGUCCGGGGAUGUGGAAGCUGCUCGGCGCUUCAGCUCGAAGGCGAGGUGCUACAACGCGCUGGCCACGGCCGGGAGCGUGCUGCUGCCGCUGCUGCUGGCCGCCCUGGUUGUCACGGGCGUCAUCCACCUCUCCAAGCUCGCCCACGAGUCCGUCGGCUUCUUCACCUACCAGUUCAGCGGGAGCGACGAUGAGGACAAGUGACCGGUGGGCGAAGGGCUUGUAGAAACUCCUUCGCGUCGCUGGUGGCCCCCCCCCAGCCCCCAAAAUGGCCAUUGGUCCAGUAUAACCCAGCCAACACCCAGGGCCACGUCCGCAAGCUUUCAUGCCCACCGGGCAGCGCGGGGCUGGGGGUGAGCAGCCCCACACUCUUCUCCCACAUCGCUGCAUCUCCCCCUCACCCUCCCCUGCCUGGUCCAGCACCCCCAGUGCCCGACCCCAGAUCCCAGACACACUUCUUGGGACAGCCCAUCUAUUUGUGUUUAUCCUGUUUUUUUUAACUGCCUUUAUCCUGUGUGGAGCACAGCAUCCCUCCAGCCUUGGUGAUCACUAUUUAAAUCAUUAAACCAUUUCACACACUGCAA